GCCAAGCUUUAAAUUCCGCGAACCAAUCAGCAUUCGCUUCAUGACCUCAACUCUCUAACCUCCAUCAUUGCUUCAACUGCGAAUGCGCAUACCAAAAUGUCGUAUUAUUUCGCAAUCGUCGGGACGCAAGACAACCCUCUCUUUGAAUAUGAAUUUGGAACUGCGAAACAGGGUGGUGAUGGGAUCGCCAGGUUCCCCGAACAGGCCAGACAUAUGAAUCAAUUUAUUGUUCAUAGUAGUUUGGAUAUUGUCGAGGAGGUGCAAUGGGGUGGUGGACAGAUGUAUCUGAAAUGCAUCGAUCGGUUUUACAAUAAUUACGUAUCGUGCUUCAUGACGGGUGGAAAUGUGAAAUUCAUGCUCUUACACUCUCCCUCUCAACCUGCAAACCCAACGACUUCGAGAACCUCUACAUCGAUCGGAGCAAAUCCUACUUCGCCUCAGACAGAAGAGGCCAUUAAACAAUUCUUCACGGAAGUUUAUGAGAAUUGGGUAAAAACAAUUAUGAGUCCGUUUUACCAAGUCAAUCAACCAGUUACGAGUCCGGUUUUCAGGGGUCGGGUUGCGGCGGCGGGGAAGAAAUAUUUGUGAGGAGUGUUGAGAGGGAAUCAUGGAAGAAUCAUCAUAAUCAUUGCAUCGAGGGGUAUGGCUCUUAGGUGUAUAUUCUGGUGCGACGAAGAGUAUCAGCGCGAGGAAUAAGUUCGGGAUUCUUGGUAUGGAUGAAGACUAAAGUCUCGGGAUAUAUCAUAUCACAUGGAGGAUGAUGUUACGAGCAGUAGUUGGUAGCAUAUUAUAGAGGCUAUCUACGCUACCAUGUGGCCUUGGAAAUCUCCAGAGUUCAUCAAUUACAUCUCACGACCAGGAAUUUAGUGGGAGAUCUCACUGCGCGCAAAGGGACCGGAGUAUGGUAGCUGAAAGACAUCCCAGGCUUUGAAGGGAUCCCUUUACUUGCACUAGCCCUUUGUCAUACAACAGAUACCUUAGCACGGUUUAGAUUCUCAUAUUGGAGACUACUCGAAUCUUCCUUAUCAAAAUAGCGGUCGAGACCAUACUUUGAGUUGGGAACCGAGGCUCAUCACUGUUUGAGCCCAUACACGCUGGGAUUGUGGUUUAUGAAGCUGAAGAAGUACGCACAAUGGGACGCGAUGGAAAUCGGUGAGAUGGCUCACGAACAUGCCCCAAACAUGAAUACUACAGAAGAAUAGUAAUAGAUAUAAUAUGAUAUUCCAAAACAAGUAUUGUCA